AUGCCUAUAUUCAUUCCAAUAGGAACCAAACCUCCACCAGUGCCCUUCCCAACCUCGAAUGACUCGCACGCCUUUGGCUUUGAGUUGGAAUUACAACCGGGUUCACAACGCAAACACCACGGCAACAACACCACCAACACCGCCAUGAAACCAAUACACACCACUGGCAUCAAAAGAAUUUUGCUACCCGAGAUAACUAACAACAACACACACCGCUGGGGCGGCGGUGCUGAUGACAUCCAUGGAAAUUCAUACACAAGGUCAACACCAACCUUCCUGGACAGGUUCGUCGCCCUCGCCAGGAUCAUGCGGCUGAUCAACAAGUAG